GUUAAUUUGGACGCACAGAGUCAGAGGCUGGCGUAGCCUACUUCAACGCCACAGGAGAAGGUGUUUGGUACGAUAAUGAUUCAGAGACGACUGAGAGCACGACUCAGUCCAGCGGAUCCUGCGAAAUCUGGUGGGAGGGAUUGUGAUGUGAACGCUUUCCGUCAGGUGUUUUGGUUUGUCGCCACUGCAAAUGCACAAUUCAUUCGUCUGCUGCCCAGAAGCGCCCGGGUGCUGGAAAUGUACGAAGGAGAAGCGGAUUCCAGUGAAUUUGAUUGUGGAAAGUGAUUUACAACUUCGAACAUUUCCCUCAAGGAAAAGUGAGUUUAUUUAUUCCACUUAUGCACUGCAUCAACAUGGAUCCCACUGAUACGAGACUUAUAAAUAGGAAAACCUUUAGCUUGUACCUUCAACUGAAAACCAUCCAAAAAGUACAAUGAUCUGCUCGAAGCACCCCGGCCACUUUAGCAUCGCAAGCAAUGGUGAAUAACGACCAGUUUGGGAAGAGGAUGUGACUUGGCCAGCCGAGCAUUAUGAGACAAGCGGUGAGCACGCUGUCGAUGUGGGGAGAGAGGCACUUCGGCUACACCACCCUGAGGGACUCCACAGAGACGCUGGGCGACGAGAGGUGGCCCCAGAUCCCCCGUCUGAAGGAGGACUCCGUCAUCGAGGAGAAGGAGGUGGAGGAGGACAGUGGCAUCGAGCAGACGCCCACCUCCGAGGAGCAGGACGCCAUCGUGGGGUUUGCUUCCGUGUCGCCUGUGGAGGCGUCAAACGGCGGAGGGGACCAAGACCAGGACCUCCGGCGGCGUCUGGAGGCGCAGCAGCCCAAAGUCUGCAAGCUUCCGUUUGUUGCCAAGUCUGAGAAGGAGCCCGGUGGAGAUGGAAGGGGUGGUGGAGGAGGAGGAGGUGGAGGAGGUGGAGGAGGAGCAGCGAACUGUCUGGCUACUCCCAGCCCUGACAACGACCACCCGGCCGGGAGCCUCGGCGAGGCCACCACGCCGCCCCCCGGCGCUCUCGGAGAGGUGGCCCCGGUGUGGGUCCCCGACGCGCAGGCCCCGGCCUGCAUGAAGUGCGGCGCCAAGUUCACUUUCACCAAGCGGAGGCACCACUGCAGGGCCUGUGGAAAGGUGUUCUGUGUAGUGUGCUGCGAUCAGAGGUGCAGAUUAACACACCUGGAUGGGAAGGAGGGGCGUGUCUGUGUCAGCUGUCACUUCACUCUCAUGAACCGGUCGGCUCCCAAAGACCAGCGGAGGGUGUGGUUUGCAGAUAGUCUCUUGCCUGAUGCAGACGCCAGGGAUACGGCCGGAACGCCGGAUCACAGACCCCCCAACUCCUCCCAGCCAAGCAGACCCUCAGUGCUGGGGACCGGAGGAGAAGCUGUGGAGGUGGAUGCGCCCUCUGGCUGGGGUAUGGGGGCUCUGGUGGGAAGCCCCAUUGGUAGUUCCUCUAACCUGAUUCCAUCUGAAGGCCUUCCUCCUAUUCUUACCUCGACUGGAGUCAAGGGAGACUACACGGUGGAGGAGAGGCCCUCCGAGACGUCCCUCAUGGUGGAGCUGGAAGGGGGCAGAGCAGAGCCGCUCGUCUUCGUCCUCAACGCCAACCUGCUGGCCAUGGUCAAGCUCAUUAACUAUGUGAACAGGAGGUGCUGGUGCGUCAUGACGAAGGGGAUGCACGCUGUGGGCCAGGCAGAGGUGGUGGUGCUGCUGCAGUGCCUCCCUGAUGAGAAGACCUUCCCCCGGGACAUUUUCAGCCACUUCAUCCAGCUUUAUCGAGACGCCCUCACAGGGAAAGUCUUGAAUCACCUGAGCCACUCCACAGCUAGCAGAGGCCUGCUGGGCAGCAAAGAGCACGCUGGCUUCCUGUACAUCCGGCCCACCUUCCAGUCCCUGGACGGCCUCCCGCUGCCCAGCCAGCCCUUCCUCUUCGGGCUCCUGAUCCUGCGGGCGGAGACCCCCUGGGCCCGCGCCUUCCCCCUGCGCCUCAUGCUCCGCCUGGGGGCCGAGUACCGCUUUUACCCUUGUCCCCUGUUCAGUGUCCGCUUCCGGAAGGCUCUGUUUGGAGAGACCAGCCACACUAUCAUGAGAUUGCUUGUGGACUUCCGUUUCUACCGCUACACGUUGCCAGUGGUGACAGGAUUGAUGGUGGACAUGGAGGCCCGUAGCACCUGCAUAAAAAUACCCAAAGCCCGUCACAGUGAGUUGUUAAAGGCCCUGAACAAGUCCAAUGAGCAUGUGUUGGCCAUGGGCGCGUGCUUUAAUGAGAAUGCGGACUCACACCUGAUCUGUGUACAGAGUGAGAAUGGACAGUACCAGACCCAAGCCAUUAGCAUCCAUAACAAGCCCCGGAGAGUUACCGGUGCCUGCUUUUUUGUGUUUAGUGGAGCACUUAAAAUAUCCUCUGGAUACCUCGCCAAAUCAAGCAUUGUGGAAGAUGGCCUGAUGGUCCAAAUCACCAUGGAGAGCAUGGUGGAGUUGCGGCGCUCCUUGCGUGAGAUGAAGGACUUCACCAUCAGCUGUGGCAAGCUUGACCAGUCCGACAACCAGGAGUGUGUGUACAUCCAGUGGCUGGACCAAGAGCCACGCUUCAACAAAGGAAUCUCCAGUCCCAUUGACGGUAAAUCCAUGGAGUCCAUCACCAGCAUCAAGAUGUUCCAGCGCUCAGAGUACAGGGCCAACGGAAAAGUCAUCCGCUGGACAGAGGUGUUCUUUCUGCAGAGGGACAAGCAGGCCAACGGGCCAGCCAACCCCACCAGCUACAGCCGCCUGACGGAGAGGCUGGCGCGAGCCUUCUGCCUGGCCCUGUGCCCUUAUCUCAAGCUGCUGAAGGAGGACGGCAUGGCCAAGCUCGGCCUGCGGGUCACACUGGACACCCAGCGUACGGACUACGUGGCGGGCAGCAACGGGCAGCCCCUGCCCACUCAGUACAUGAAGAUCCUGGACAGCGCCCUGACGCCAGUGAUCCAGGCGGGCACCGUGCAGCAGGGCGAGGGGCCCCUGCAGAUGGAGUUCAUCUUCUACAUCCAGGAGAACAUCUCCUAGAGCUGGAGGUCACCCCCGCCCAACCCCCCUCACACCCAGGACUCCCAUCUCCUACAUGCAGGAGACACCCAGAGUCUCCCAGAGAUGGAGGUCAUCUUCUGCAUCUAGGAGAAAAAAACAUCUCGUAGAGAUGGAUUUUCCCCAGUCUGCCCCCCCUCCCCUCAACCCCUCCUGCCUGCCUCUUUACUUUAUGAUUAUACCUGCAUCCCCCUACUCCCAUAGAAGUCAUAUUAGUGCCAACUGCCCCAUCGACGGCAAUCACCCUGCCCCAGCUGGCAGAGAACAUCGCAAGCAUGGUGCCAUUUUUCCUGCUCCUGACAAAUCAUUCCCAUGAAGUUAGAUGCCGCAUGACCGGUGGCCACCUUGAUUUUUCUUUGGAAAUACAAUGCCAGUAUUUUUAAUAGAACCUCCAGCUGCAGUACUCAGCCUUUAAAUAAAUCAUGGAUUCUUGGUUGGGGGCGAAUGGGGGCACGUCCAUUCACUUUCUCCAAGUUGAAAAAAAAAAGAGACGAUGAGCGUUGAAAUAGGUAUUUAUUUCUUUUGAGAGGUACACGUAGAGAAAACAGCUUCAAUGUAACACCAAGGUCCUUUUAAAAAAAAAUGGACUUCCGAUGCAAUACAGUCUGUGUCUGUCUCUGAUCCAUGUAUUGUAACAUCUCAUGCUGAAGUACCACUUUCUCAACUGUGAAAAUCUGAGGAUAAAAAUGCACACUUAGGCCAUGGAUGGAAAAAGAAUGACAAAAUAAAUGGCCAUGAAUAACAGGCAGCAGUUGUGCAUGUUAGUUGUGAGCAACUGAAGUUUUAUAUGGAUGCAUAAUGCUCAUCCCACGCACGUAUGUAUCAAGUAGAGCCUGAAACGGGAACGGGUAUGACUUGACUUGCAAACCCUUGCUUGCAUGGUAGGGCAAAAAAACAUCAGCUGUCAAACAAUCAGCCAAACAUUCAAGCAUGGCUUGAACGACCAUUGUCUCAAACACAACUGUAGAUCGUAAAAAAAAAAAAGCUGUAAAGAAAAUAAGUGCGACUCACAAGUUGGUUUUGUUGCCGACCUUACGCAACCCUGUCACUGGUGGUUGUCACCCACACGCACGCUCUCUGGCGUGGGGCGCAGGACGCGGAGCGGGUAUACAGGAUGCUUGUUCUCUGGCUCCUCUCUCGCUAGCCGAGCCUGUCUCUCAGACAAAGGCAGAAUGGGGCCCUUGUUUUGCCUUCGACAUGCUCAACAUUUUUCGAAUAGCAAAGACCAACACUGCACAAUAUGCAUACCCACGGCCAUGCUUAAACAAAUUCUGAAAGUGAAAGCUUUCUUGUAUAGUUUUGCAACGGAGGGUAUUUUAUGCAGUCUGUCGCAAGUCCUAUGGUUACAGUACAAGCCACUCAUGAGAGGACUUGUGGUAUGUGCUGUGAUAAGUCUUCACUCAGUGCCAUUCACCUUAAUGUCAUUCACCUCAGAGACUUCAAGGCUGUU